CCAACGCGCCGCGACACCGCCACCAGCGCCAGUCAGACAAGAAGACAACGACAACAGCGAGUUAGUUGAAAAAUGGAAGUGGUCCAAGUUGUCUCGUGUUCUUUCGUCUAAAGAGAGUUUGGAUUCGUAGCGCGCUAAUAACAAAUAAAAAAUAAUAAUAAAGAAAAACAACCCAAAAGAAAAGGACUACUCUUUUAAUUUUGAAUCAAACUAAUUUUCAUUUAUUUAUUGUUUUAAUAAAUUCAAACACGACGUUGUGACAUUUUAAUUAAUCGAAUUGGAAUUCCUAUUUUAAGUGUGAUUGGUGAGAAAAAAAAAGUGUUUAUAACGGAAAAUUCAUUAAGCAAAAAGUACCGCAAGAAUUCACAGGGUGUGCGUAUGUGGUGCGGCGAAAAAUAAAAAGAAGUAUUCGCGAAAGUCGAGUGAAAUAAAAUAAUAAUAAAAAAAGAAAUCCAAAAUUUUCAAUAAAAUUUAUUGCAGUUUUUCACAAUUUGCUAAAUUUGUGCCAAUUUGUGGGGGAAAAAGUGCGUUUGGCGUGUGUGUUGUACGAGAGCGAUUACGAUUCGGGUUUAGUCUCGCAGUCUUACGAGUCUCAGUGAAUGAAAAGGAAAAGCCCUUGAAUUCGAAAUUGAUGUGAAAAGAAAAUCCUUUUUACGAUUUUCAUUUUCCAAUAGUCAUCAGUUUUAUUAUCUCCGUCUCCGGUCUUCGGUUUAAAGUCUGCAGUCUUCUUUCGCCGCAGUUUUUAGUUUGAAAAUUCACAAUCGGAAUCAGAAUCAGUCGAUUUAAAGGAUAAAAUCACAGAAACUCCUCUGGCGCUGGCUCUGGUUGUGUUGUGCAUUUGCUGGAGAAAAAGGGUGGAUUCAGGAUUAAAACUUGUUUUCCUUCAUCGCAGUUCGCACACUCAAGUAAAUCUCUGCCAGUUUGGAUAAUAAUAAGGACUACACGUAUUCCUAUUCCUAUCCGUUUCAUCUUUAUUUCUUCGUCCUUAUCCUCGUUCUCGUCCUCAUCCUCGUCGUCGGGGCUUUUGUCGUCGUUCAUCGUUUGUCGGCACGGCGCGGCGUGGAACGUGGAUCUAUCUAUAAUCAGGAUUAUUCGGUCGGUGGCAAACUUUUGCAUUUAUAUUUAUUUGUUUGGGCAAAAACGGCAAAACAAUCUCUGCUACAUUAAAGUAAUUGCGAGCAACUCAAGUUAAUUGGAUUACAUAGAACAACAAAUCUCGAACUAUUUUAUUUACGUACUCUUCUGAGGAAAAACAAAUUUAAAAAAUAUUAAAUUACAAUACCAAAAAUUAAAACAAAAGAACUACACAAAAACAAACUUAAAAUGUCGUGCCGACGUAAUAAAUUUCAUCUUUUUGUAGUCUUUCUGAAGUUAAAGAAGACUUAAUGAUCGUAACUACACUUAGAAAAGAAAGAGAAAAAUAAUGUCAAAAAUUGUGUCAACAUAAUUUUUAAAAAUAGUGAAAAUUGAAAUUGUCUUUUAUUUUAUUCAACAAGAAGUUUUAUAAAAAUUUUGUUACAAAAAUAAAAUAAUUAAAAACAAGUGAAGUUGAUAAAAUUCGAAACGUUUUUGUUUCGUAUUCCAUUUCCCCCCAAAUACAACAUCAAAACAACAACAAAUCGAACUUUUCUUGUGAAUUUGUUGGUUGUUGUAAAUUUUGUAACGAUAAUAUUUCCAUUUGUACUUCCUGAGUUAAGAAGAAUCUUUCAUCGACAUCAAAAUGGAUCUUAGUUUAGAACGAGAUGGAUCGGCCCUUGGCAGCCUCUUCCAGCAGAUUAUAGCUGAUAUGAAGAACACAACACCACUGUGGGAUGACUUCCUAGCUAAAGCUGGCAAAUUACAUGCGUGUCUUAGGGCUGCCAUCCAGGCUAUUGCCGCGUAUUUGGAUGCCUUCCAAAAAAUCGCAGACGCCGCAACAAAUUCACGAGGUGCUUCCAAGGAAAUCGGUACCGCUUUGACACGUGUCUGUCUGAGACACAAGGCAGUAGAAACCCGCCUAAAAACAUUCACAUCAGCAAUCAUGGAUUGCCUGGUAUUACCUUUACAGGACAAACUAGAAGACUGGAAACGCCAAGUCGCCACAAUCGACAAAGAACAUGCCAAAGAACACAAACGAUGUCGUGCCGAGUUGAAAAAACGCUCAACCGAUACACUACGUUUGCAAAAAAAAGCCCGCAAAGGCCAAUCGGAUGCUAUACAAUCCCUGGUCGAUUCACAUAUGCACGAUGUCACGAUGCGUCGUGCCGAAUUAGAAGAAGUCGAAAAGAAAUCACUGCGUUCGGCAAUGAUUGAAGAACGUAUGCGUUAUUGUACGUUUGUUUAUAUGCUCCAACCGGUAGUUAAGGAAGAAUGUGAAGUAAUGUCUGAAUUGGGUCAUUUGCAAGAGGCAAUGCAAUCAAUUGCUAAUGUUACCAAAGAGCCCAACAUCCUGCCACCAUCAUCCGAGGAGCUAAUACAUGAUGCUAAAUCAACUAUGAAUUUGUACCCAGAAUCACCGGGUGGUGGCUCUGGCUCGCAAGGUUGUUCAAAUUCUUUGGGAUCACGAAAGAGUUCGGUGUGUUCAAUAAGUUCAAUGAAUAGCAGUGGUUCUAGUGGAUCGCCUGGGCAUCAUCAUCAUCCACGAUCUUUGUCGCAGUUAAUUUCGCCUACGAUUCGCCUUAAGCCUGGUGAAUCCAGUGAUAGUGGUUUUUGCUCAUCGCCAGCUUUGACUUCUCAGGCUUCAACAGCAACAAGUCAGUCGCAUGCUGUAUCCACAUGGCCACCACAUUCCCAAGACGUUCCAGCCACAGAUCGUCCUCACACAAUAUCGUCGGCCUAUGAAAAAGGCCACCAGCGUCCGGCUCUGACAGUAUAUACAUUUCAAAAUCCAGAAACCAUUAUGGAAGCAGCAACUCCGGUUCCAACAUCCCAAAAAUCACCAGGAAAUGUCCUGUGUCGACCACCAUUACCAGUGAGAUGCUCGUCGUUGGAACGUCCACUUUCGGCAAACAACAAUGCACGCAACGGUACAGGUUUACUACCACGUCAGUGUCCAUCACCAAUUCCAGCCCAUGUUACUAAAGAGCUAUCUCAUCUGCCACAAUCCCAACAACAACAACAGAUGCAACAACAACAAUAUCUGCAACAGCAGUCUCAACCACAACCGACUUAUGUUAAUAUGUCAGAACUAGCCUCAAUGGCAGCCCAAAAAUUAACAAAUCAACAACAACAACAACAGCAAAUAAUUAACCAAUUGCAACAACAUCAACAACAACCUAUUCAACAGCAACAGCCGCAACAACAAAACCAACAACAACCACAAGCGAAUCAUUCUGUAUUGCAACAGCAGCAAUCAACCGAUUCUCACAGUUCGGUUUCAUCAGAAUCCUCUCUAGUUAACCAUCCCAAUCAUUCCUCAUCGAAUACUCCCUCCUUGCAUAGUCAUCCAUCCAUUGAAUCACAUCAAACUAAUGUCGGUUACAGUACAUACACACCGUCCAGUGGUGCAUCAACACCACAUAAUCACUAUUCGCCGCUGUUAACUAAUUCGCCUGCAACCCCACUAUCAGCGAAUGCACCACCACUUGUUGUUGGCUAUAUUAAUCCAGCUUCAACUAAUAACUCCUCGUGUUCUCCAACGUCUCUAAAUUUAAAAUAUGACGAUGCUGGAGAUUCCGAGGAUGUUUUGAAAAUCACAGAGACUGAUAGUGCAACAACAAAUAACAGUACUAACAAUGCAUUUAAUAAUUCUAUUGGCCAACAAGAAAAUUGUACAAUUGCUUCAUCGUCAACAGAGCCAAAUAAUCAGGAUUCAACUGAAUGCGAUGAGCGGGUGAGGGCAUCGGUCUUGCAAAAGGCUUCGAUGUUUGAAAAACAAGCGGCUGCUGUAAAUAGUAGUCCUGUUCUACCACUGACAGGUGGUCGAAGUAAUCAUUCGAUAUCGUCUGGAGAAAGUGUCUAUUCCACACGUAAAGAUGAACUCAAUCACUCAGUAAAGGGUGCAAAUGACGCAGCUGUAGCGAAUGAAAAAGAUAACGACCAAAUAGACAAACUUUACGAAGACUCCAUUCAAGAACUAAAUGAUCUUAUUGGCGAAUUAGACUCCUUUCAACGAGAGCAUGAAGCACGUGAAAAAUCCCACAGCAGUACCGAUAAUGAGAAUCCAUCAGCAGCAACACUAAUUCCAUCGCUGAAGGAUGUUAUGGCCAGUAACAAUACCCAUCAGGCUCCAACUACAACAAUAAGCAAUGGAAGCGGAACCGAUGUGGAUUCCGAUAAGAUCUCCAUCGGAAGUUUCAAUUAUUCAACACAAAGUACGACAGCCAGUGAUGCAGCCAAAUUCGCCUACUCGGACUCUGAAUUGAGUCGUUUUGUGAGUGAAACAAGUUCGUUGGGGUUUGAGAAUCCAACUUUCGCUCAUUUCGUUCAAUCCGAAGCAAAUGGCGAUGAUCUUUCGAUUGCUGGAGAAGAUUCCAUUUCGAAUGUUCAGCGAUCAUUGAACGAUAAUGAUUCUGGAAGUGGAGUAGUCGUGAUCUAUGAUCAUACAAUCCCAUGCACACCGGAUAUUGAUUAUGUCAAACAAAAUUCCGAAAUUGUUGUGCUUCGCACAAAAGAUCCACAAACUCCAGAGCCAUCUUCGUCGUCAUCGUUGAUAACGUCCCUAACACCACAAUCUGCUAGUGGCCUGGAGAAUCCCAAACAAAGGCUGAGCUCGUUUCGCAGCGAACAAUAUAUAACACCGCCGGACAAUAACAAUCGCAACACACUUCUCAACAAUAAUCAAGGUACGAAAACGCUGAAGAAGCCUUCGCAGCUUCCAUCAGCUGAUAGUAAUAGUAGUAGUGGUACAGGUGGCGAAUACAAGCUGUCCAAGUUGAACUUGAACCGUAUCGUCGAUAGGAAGAUACCAAAUUUAAAUAGUUUAAGCAAUAAUAAUAAUAAUGAAUUAAGUAAGAACAACAACAACAAUAACACCAUUUCACCAUUGAGCAAAGACUUUAAGGCGAGUUUAGAUGAGAAGCUACGUUCUCAGAAGAAAAAGUUAGAUACAAAUCAGCAAAAACAACCAUCAUCACAGCAACAACAACAACAGUCACCUAAACAACAACAAAAAAAGUUCAAUUCGAAAAUUAUUUCAAAACCAUUACCACCAUUGCCACCAACAAUUUCACAUUCAAAUUCAAAUUCAAUACCAUCAAUGCCUUCGCAUCAAAUCCUUAGAUCACCAUCAUUGUUGUCAUCUUCAUCGGCGGCGGUGACGCCAGUACAGUCGUCGUUGCAUCCACAGGCGGCAAAAAUUGCCUCGCCACCAGUGGUAGCAACGGUGAAGCCGAGCAUCUCACCACGUCCGGCUUCGUUGUCGGGCUGUGGCACUCGAAUCGCAAGACGUUCCUCAGUUAAUACAGCUAAACCACCGCCACCAGUAAGACGCAGUUCGUCCGUAACACCAAGUCAUAAUCAAUCGACACCGAACUCACCAAAUCUAACUCAACAAAGUACAAUGAAUAAUUCGGUGGAGAAUCUUCCACCACCACCAGCCUAUCUGUUGGAUCGGCAACAUUCGAACAGUGUACCACAGACAAUAGCAACAGCUGCUUCAUCAAUCAAAGUGGCUGAAACUGUUAAAGCAUUAUCUGCGAUACGGCAUACGCCGGCGAGCCCCAGCGCUAUCAGGAGAGCACAAAAUAUGUUAAAUCAACAGCAGCAGCAACAGACUGCAACGAUUCAGAGUCAAAUCCAUGAGAACAACAUUUAUUCAACAACUCCCCUGAUGCAUGAUGCUUCCCCAGUAGUAGUUGAGAACAUAUACAAUAAAUCACCACCACAACCACCACCGAAAACACAACAAGUCUACCAACACUAUCAACAUCCGCAACCUCAACCUCAUUCUCAAGCAUCCCAACAACAGAUGGCGCAGCAUUACAAUCAAAACAACGAUCGUGGUCACUAUCGAAACUAUAAUCACCAACAAAGCAAUCAUCAUCAUCAACAGUUGCAGCAAUCUCUGCCUUCACCACCUCCACCGCCGCAUGAGCAGUCAAUGGUACCCCCACCAUUACCCCCACCAAAUCCCCAACCGCCAAAACACCAACAACACAAUACAACGAACACAAACAAUCAUAACAAUUGUGAUAGUAAUUCUUCCUUCAGAACGAGUUGCAACUCACCAGGCAUUUACGCUCAGCCAAAGCAAGUGAGCAACAUGUCCAGUUUCCGGUCGUCCAGUCCAGGACCUCAGCUGCAACAAUCACACACACCAUCGGCCCAGCCAAAGACAAAUCCUAUUCUGAUCGCUCAACUGAAUGCCCGACUCAAUAAGCAACAGCAGCAGUCAGAAUAUGGAACGUACCAAAUAGCAGCGCACCAACAAGACAAUAAUCGCUCAGUGAUUAGCGCCCAUCACCAGCCUUUGUACGGAUCAACACCAAGUUCACCACAUCAUCAGCAACACCAUCAUCACCACCAGCAACAGCAGCAGCAACAACAGCAACUAAACCAAAUCUACAACACAGCCACGACAGAGCAGAUAUACUCACGACAAGCGAACGAUCGUUACCACCAGCAACAGCAGCAACAUCAACAUCAACUUCAACAGGCGCAGCAACAAUACGACGACUACUCGUCGGUGAAUAACGAUAAAUCAGGUAGCAUCCGAUCAAAGACCAAAGCUGAAUUCUUAGAGAAUCUUAAUGCAAAAUUGGCCAAACAGGGCAUCUCUGGACGAGCAUUCGCUGUGCGAAAUCUAAUCAACAGUAAAGCAUUGUGUUAUCAAAACCCGAAAAAUUUGUCACGUCCAAGUUCACAAUAUCGACGUUCUUCAAAUAGUUGCGAGCAAAACUAAGAAACCCGAUCCUCGAUUGUGUCACGAAUCCUUGAUGGAUCAAAUUAAACGUGGCGCAAAUCUAAAGCGAAAUCAAAAAAUUAACGACAGAAGUGCCCCGAAAAUACACUAAACAAUAAAAGAUAUAUAAUUAUUUAUAAAUAAUACAUAAUGCGCUAUACUAUUUUUUAAUAUAUAUAUUAAGAAACAAUUUAUAAAAUAAUUAUGAAAGUUGAAUUUGUUUUAUUUUAUUUUUGUUUAUUAUUUUUUUAUGAACAUUACUAACUUAUUAUUUAUUCAUUCAAAUGAAAUUUACACAUACAUAUAUAAAAAAAGAAGAAAUUUUAAAAUUUAGUUUAAUUAAUUUAUAAAAGGUUAAUAUGUAUAUUUUUUAUUCAGAACGAACAUUUAAAAAAAAUGAAAUCGAGAGAAAACAAAUUUGAAUUUGAAAAUAUUUCUAUAGAGGAAUGUAAUUUUCGUUAAUUAUUUAAUUUUAAAAUGAAAUAAAAGCUUUUUAUUUUUGUGUAUUUAAAUUUGUUUAAGAAAUUGAAAAAAAAACUGUACCGAAUAUUUAUAAAUAUUAUGUAUAACUAACUUUAUAUAGAUAUUGUGAACAAAAAAAUGUAUUGUAUGAAUUAAAAAUAUUAACAAAAUAAAAAUUUUUAAUAUUCAAAGAAAAGAACAAAUAAUGUGGAUGAGAAAAAGUAUUUUUUAAAUAUAGAAGGUGUUAAUGUGUGUGUGGUACCAAUUAUAUUAGAGUAGUGUUGAAGUGAACUUAUUUGUUGUUAGAGAUGGACCUUUCUAGAUUUGUUUCUUUUACAAACAGAAGGAGUAAAAUUCCGAUUUGUAUGCAUACAUUGUUUCUUUUGGUUUUUCAUUUUGUUUUGUAUUUGCUUAACAAUAAAAUAUUUUAUCUAUUACUUUGUUUUCGUUUAAAUAUAUAAAAAGAAUUUAUCUAAAUAAUAUACAACACACACUGCUCGAAAAAUAUUUCCUGAGAUAAAAAAGAAUAUGUAUAAAUAUCUUGCGUUAUGCGUUCAAUAACAUAUCUCUUUAUGAAACGUUUUUUAUUACAUUUUCAGCUACUUGCUGUACGUACAUACAUACAUAUGUGUUUUUAUGCCUUUAAAUAUAUAUGAAAUCAAUAAAAUUAAACUUCUUCAAAACAAAAACCAUAAUGAAUAAGAUGUCAAUUUAAAAUAUUAUUAGUAAAAAAAAAAGAACUGGAAUUUUGUGAAUAUAAAAGUCUGAAUUCAUAUAAAUCUUCAGAAAAGUUGUGUCAAAAUUAUGUAUUGGUUAUUUAAAUAUUUUAGAUAUUUUAUAUCAAAAAGGGUAUUU